AUGACACCGUCCAGGCCUCUGCAGCUGGGCACCUUGACGAUAAAAGCAGAUCCAGAUGCAGGGCCAAGCGCACAACCUGACGACCCAGAGUGGGCACUGCUCGACGCUGCCUACCUCGACCGCCACCCAUGGGCCCCCGAGGAAAGCGACAAGAUUGGGCUCCUGAAGGACCUUUUGCGCGACCCCGAGGACCUCUGCGCCGGCAUGCAGGCACUCUACGCCCUCAUUGAGAGCCCGCCAGAACCACAUUUCGAGCCUGGCGAGUUUCUCGGCGACGACGAGGCCUUUGCCGGCUUGACCAACUAUGAGAACCCGCCAGGCGUACAGACCAUGAUGUACAAGUACCAGAUUCGCUCGGUGGCAAGGAUGCUGCAGAUGGAGUCGCAGCCGGGCACGAUGGUGGAUCCCUCAUACUCGCGCUUCGCCGAAGCCGCUACCGGGGAGCGGUACUUCGUCGACCUCCAGCGCAUGGACAUUCGGCGGCAACCGUUUCGAUAUCCGCUGUCACGCGGAGGUAUCCUCUGCGAACAGAUGGGUGUUGGCAAGACACUCAUGUGCCUCGCGCUGGUCCUGGUGUCGCGCCACCAGCCCACUCAGCCGCCUGUCGACUUUGCCAACAACAUCUCAGCCGUCACGACGGACAUUGCCUUACGAAGCUACCCUACAGCCUCAGCUGCAGUGAUGCGGGGAGAGCGCAAGUGUAUCUACUACCGCUUUCCGCCACCAGUGAGGUUACCUCGUGGGGCCAAGAGGGUCCCCGAUAUAGCGCCUGAGCGAUUCGUCCUGGCCCAAACGACCCUUGUGGUUGUACCGCUGCUCUUGGUCCCGCAAUGGCUCGCCGAGGCCGAGACCCACUUGGAAGCAGAGGCCUUGAAGAUUCUGGUUAUCCCCGAAGGAGGCCGAGAGAAGACGCCGUUGCCACCAAUGGAGGAGCUUGUUCGAUACGACAUUGUUCUUAUGAGCUUGGAUCGUUUCCGGCGCGAGGGCCAGCGAUAUGAUGACGAGACACUUACAACAGAGCUCUUGAGGGCUCGUUGGAAGCGUAUCAUUCUUGACGAAGGUAACAUUGCCAACAACACCAAGAGUGACGCAAUGAUUCUGGCCGAUGCACUCAGCAUCGAGCGUCGAUGGAUCGUUAGCGGAACGCCGACGACACAGUUAAAGCAAGGGACAGAGAGUGCUGUCAAGUCGUUCCUCGAGUCCGAAGCCAUGCAGCGCGUGGACUCUGGACGCUCAACACCGAAUGGCCAUGCUACCAAUGGACACUCUACUUCCGGCACCGAGUCACCGCGGCGGCAGUGGUCCAAGGCAGACCUCAACGACGUCGAGCGCCUCGGCAAGAUGCUUAAAGGUUUCUUGGCCUCUGAGAUUUUCCAGCAGGAAGACUUCCAGCGUCUCGUGACCACGCCACUCCGAAAACGGGCAGGACCGAUGUACGGCGCAGUGGAGCGAAUCCGACAGAUCAUGUCCGCUAUUAUGGUCAAGCAUCGCCCUGGUGUGAUUGAUCAGGAGGUCAGCCUCCCGGAAUCGACCCUCACCGCUGAGACCGUGCACUUCACCCACUGGCAGCGUCUCACGUACAACGCUCUUACUGCACUCAUGGCCAGUAACGUCUACACAAGUAACUUCGAAGACCCAGACUACUUUCUGCACCCUCGCAACACCGAGGCGUUUAAUCAAGUGGUGGCUAACCUCCAUCUCGCCUGUUUGUGGUUCUCGUCCACAGAGAUGGACCUUGAGGGUGCCAUUGGACGUACCGAGAGCCACCUGAGGAAGAAACAGGUCACCGAGGAACAACGAAAGGGGCUGGAAGAAGCCCUCCUGCACAUGCGACGAGCUGUUCUUGACAGCCCUGACUGGUCAGAAUGGAUGCAACGCGCGGUACCCUCUAUUCCAUAUGAGGCUGGUAUGGUGCCAGCUACCAUCUUGGAUGCUUGGUCCGAAAGCCGUCACACCCGUCCCUCGCUUGUCGACGCCGCCAGCUUGCAGAUUAUGCGUCAAGCAAACACGCGUGGGGCCGAUGUCCAAGACAUUGUGCGUUCGGGUUGGGACGAGCGUGUCAAGCACCCAGAGUGUGAAGCGCUCCUGGCCGUCAUGGAGAAGGCCGAAAAGGAGUGGCGGUCCAGGCCCAACCAGGCCAAUGCGGCCCACGUUCCCGGUAUCAACCACCACCGCGACGACACCAAAGCAGCAGCCGACAAGCCCAAGGCUCCAAAACUUGUGAAACGACUCGGCAAGAAGAAGAACACGGACGACGUGAUGGACAUUGACAACGCGCUCGACGAGGCUGCCCGCAAUGCCGAGCGCGCUGCAGAAUCCAUGCGCGGUGCUCGUCCCAUGCCAGGCGUCAUCCAGACCACGAGCAUGUCGGCCAAGGUCAACUUUGUCAUCCGCUCGAUUCUCGCCGCGCCGCCCGAAGACAAGUUUGUCAUCUUCGGAACAUAUGAGGAGAUUGCACACCUCACCGACGCGCUCGAGCUUACAGACAUCAAUUCGGCGUACGCUGGUGCCAAAGUGCCAGCAACUCAGCGCAAGGCCGCACUCAAGAACUUUGCGUCUCCAGGCAUGCGCGUGUGCCUGCUCGAGCUCAAGUUUGCUGCUCGCGGCUUGACCUUGACCGCUGCCAACCGCAUGAUCUUCAUUUCGCCCGUUUGGAGCUUGGACGUGCAAGCGCAGGCUAUCAAGCGUAUCCACCGUAUUGGACAGACUCGGCCGACCCACAUUGACAUUCUUGUCACCCAGGGCACCUUUGAAGAGGACAUUGUGCGCCGUGAAGCUGCAAUGCGGUCCAACGAGGAGGAAAAGAGCUACUCUCGGGCCUUGAUCGAGAACCCCCGCUUUGUGUAUGCGGAAAGCGACGACCAAGCCACGUUUCCCAUCCGCCUCGUCCCCCGAGAAACCACGCUCAGCGCCGUUGAGCAAGAGACGUACGCACAGUCGCUUGCAGCUGUCGCUCCCGGCACCACGCCACCGGGAGAAAGUGGCAGCACGACGCCGAUCAUCACCCCAGCAACCCCGCGGAUCCUCCCCGCCGCCGCUGAUACUUCGACCAAGAGCAAACGUGUCAUGUUUGCAGGCGUGGACGACGACUCGGAGGAAGACGCCUCGGUCCCGGUACCGGCAAAGAAGCGCGCACGGUUUGCCGAUGACUGA